AUGGAAGUCUCUGCAGAUGAUCCUCCUACAAAACAAGAUGAAACGUCAGAAGCAUCCUCAUCAAAACAAGAAAAUGAUGAAAUUGAAAUAGAAAAAGAUGGUUCCGAAGAGAAUUUUGAUGAUAGUCAGAUGGAUACUGUUGAUUUGGGAUUGGAUGAAACGUAAGUUUUUACUUGGUUUUUGCAUUUAUAUUCGAAGUUCAUAGAAUUAUUGAGAAAUAGGAUCUCUAGAUGCUGAUCCUUGCAAAUUGAACUUUCUAGCUCUGAUGAUCAUUAAAGUUUAAAAUUAUUGAACAGGUCCCACGAUUUGAAAAAAAAACAAGUUUUUUCCAGAAAUCCAACUGAAGAUGAUGAAGAAAUCACAACUACAACAGAAAAAUCUGAAAAUGUAUUUCCGGAAACUGAAGCACAAUCUGAAAAUACAAUAACUUCACCAUCUCCAACACCAGUUAUUGAAUCACUUCCACCACUUCCAGAAGGAAAAGAACUCGAACUUGAAGUAUGUUUUUUUCGUUUUGUUGAUUUCAUCACAUUCAAAAAUGAACCCCCUGCACUAAAAAUUCACCUCUCACGUGUUCACACUAAAAUCUGACCUUAGCCUGAAACCAUGACUUCAUUCUACAUUGAAUAUGAUUUGACACAACCAUCAACACCUUCAAAUCAAAGUAGGCGAGAAAGUUGGUCAAAUUUGAACAACUCAAGUGUUUCUCGGCGUGGAAGCUUGGCUUCAUUUUCAAAAUCGUUCAAUAUUUCAGUGCCAUUUAGUGUGAGACAUUUUUCCGGAAAGAGAAUGGUUUAUUUUUAGAAUUUAACAUAACAUAACAAGUUGCAUGAAAAAUAACUAAUAUUUUUUGAAGCAAAAGUUAUUAUGGUGGGUGACACAAAUCCCUGAAAUUAUCAAAAAUACAAAAAGAAAUGUUGAGAUUUGCAGUUUUGGACAACGGGGUUGUUAUUAGCAGAUCUUAAACUACUAGAAAACAUACAUUUCAUUAGAAAUCUCAAUUGCAAAUUGAAAAAUUUCAUUUUGACCUACAAUUCCAGGUGGCAGGCAUGCUCCUAAUUAAUUUUUCAAAAAUCAUAAUUACAUCCUUAUUGUUCGGUUUUCUCUCGUUUCCCUAACUAAUAAUUCAUGCACGCCACACACUUUUCUUCACAAAUACAAUGAAAUUAUAAGUUUUGAAUGGAACGUUGAAUUGAAUUGAGUUUUCUUUCUUCUCCUAUUUUUGUCAGAAAAUAGAGAUGGAAAAAUGCAAUUAACGCUGACUAACUUUUGUAAAGAAUAUAUAUAUAGUUCUGUAUUUUUGCAAUUUUGUAGGAAGAUGUGACAUCAACAUUGCCUCGAUUAUUAUCAAAAACAACAUUAAUUCAUAGUAAUGAAGAAGGAGCGGAUGAAACAAUUCAAAGAUUGGUUAAUGUUGUACAUUCGAAUAAUAUUGCUGAUCGAACACAAAUUGUUGAUAAUUUAUUCAAUCUUGUAAGCUUUAUUGAUGUUUCCAUUUUUCCUCAAUAACAUCAAAGUUUCAGCUUGUCGGUGGUCAAUUUGAUUUGGAAUCGAAGUUUGUUAUUGAAGAUGCGUCAAAUGUCGAUCAUAUGCUUACACUUCAAUCACAUUGUGAUCAUGAUCUUCAAAAUGAAAUUUGGAGUCUGUUUCUGGCUGUUAUUCGGAAAAGUAAUCGAAAUUUGGAGGCGUGCACAAGAGUUGGACUUAUUUCGAAGUGAGUUCUAAAUUUUUAUCUUGUUCAUCUAUGGUCAUGAUUUUUUACCAAAAAUCUCAUUACCAGUUAUAAAAAAACUUCUCUAGUUUAUGAUUUUUGGUGGGAAAAUUCUGAAAACUCAAUUCAAAGUGUUCGAAAAUCAGAAUUUUUGGUUAGAAAAAUUCCACGCGGCAUAUUUCGAAAUAAAAUGGAAGUUAAAAUUUUCGAAAAUCAGCAGAAAUUUUUAAAGUUUCAAUUCUAAACUUUGAGACUUUAUAGAAGUCGCUUCAAUGUUUUUUAUUUUCGAAAAAAAAAUUCCCCAAUUUUUUCCAGAAUCCUCGAUAUUUUACCCGAUGCUCCUCCACUUUUGGCCGAUUUACUUGUUCAAUUAAUUGCCGCAUUAGUCGCUUAUUCGAUCAAUGUUAAACAGACAAGACAUUUAUUAAGAGCUCUCAAAUCGACGAAUGAGCAAUGGGUUGGUUUUUAGAUCAAGUUCAAAAAGUUUCCAACAAAUAUAUUUUGCAGCCAUCAAAUUCUCUAAAAUUAUUGCAUGUUUUGAAAGAAAUGCCACAACAUGACAGUGCUGAUGUGUUUUUCUCAUUUCCCGGAAAAGACCAAUCUGUGAGUAAAUAUCCUUGUGUUGAAACCAAUAUCUUAUGAAAUUAUUUUUGCAGGGAAUAAUUCUUCCACCAAUAAAAACAAUGCCAUAUCAACAAGGUUGGACAUUUGCAACGUGGCUAAGAAUGGAACCAUUGAAUAGUGUUACAUUUGAAAAAGAACAACCAGUUUUGUAUAGUUUUCGAACAAGCAAAGGAAUUGGAUAUUCGUGUCAUUUCACUGGCAAUUGUCUUGUUCUAAAUAUUGAAAAAACAAAAGGAAAAGAACAAUCGAGAUGUAUAAAAGCAGAAUUAGGAGCAAGAAAAUGGCAUCAUAUUGCAAUUGCACAUUGUUAUUCGCGAUGGGGAAGAUCUGAUAUUAAAUGUUUUAUUGAUGGACAACUUGUUGAAACAAUUGAAUUGUCAUGGGCUGUUGCAUCGCCAACACAUUGGGAUAGAUGUUCGAUUGGUGUGUCAGCUGAUGGAAUUCCGAAUUCGGCAUUUUGUGGACAAAUGGGAGCAAUGUAUUUGUUUGCUGAAGCAUUGAGUAUUCAACAAGCGAAUUCGUUGUUUUGCCUUGGACCUGCAUAUCAAUCAACUUUUAAACAUGAUUCUGAAACGAGUUUACCCGAAGGAUACAAAAAGGUAGGACUUGAAAAUGAGGGAUUUUUUGGAGAAUUUUAUUGUUCAAGAUUCAGUUUUCGAUUCAAAAUUUUAAGAACACUUGAAAUUUGAUGAGUUUUUGUUCAAAUUUCCCGGAAAAUCUCUAUUUUUCCUUUAAUAUUUUAAAAUAUAUUUUUUUGGAUAUAAGGGGCUAAAAAUUCUUUAAAGUUUAAUUUUCAUUAAUUUCUUCACUCUAAAAAUGUCCUCAUUUUCAGCAUUUAUUCGAUGGACAUCUUCAUCAAUCUUUAAUGUUUGCAUAUUGCCCCAAAAAUUGUCAUGGUCAACUUUGCCUCUACACACCAUCUAAAAAUGCGAGCAGUUAUUUUGUCCAAAUUCCACACGCUGUUAUGAAAGAAGGUGUUGAAGUUAUCACAACUCAUUCAAUUCACAAAUCACUUCAAUCAGUCGGUGGUAUUCAAAUUCUUCUUCCAUUAUUUGCUCAACUUGAUUUGCCAUCUUCAAAUGAUCCAAUUGAUGGCGAUGUUUGUCAGACACUUUUAUCACUGAUUUCUUUACUUUUAUCGAGUUCGCAAUCGAGUCAACAACAAUUAUUCCAUAGCAAAGGAUUUUUGAUAAUAUCAAAUUGUCUUCAAAAAGCAUCACCGACUCAUUUAUCAAUGAAUGUUCUUGAACAACUUAUCACAAUUGCAAAGUUUCUUCUUCGAUGUCCAGCCGGCGGUCCUCUUCUCAAACAUUUAUUCGAUUAUAUUUUAUUUAAUCCGAAACUUUGGAUUCGUGCAAAACCAGAAGUUCAAGUUCAUCUUUAUCAAUAUCUUGCAACUGAUUUCUUGGCAAAUAACAAUUUCUCCCAAAUGCUGAGACGUGUUCCAACACUCAUUGAAAUGUGUCACACAUUAAAACACUUCUAUUGGUUAGCACUUCCACAAACAUCAUCAAAUUAUACAGUUGAAGAUCGACCAGAUACAUUUGUAACAAGUGAUAUUGUUUCAAUUCGAAGUGAUAUUUUAACAUUUAUCAAUCGAUUAAUUGUAACACCAUUGAAUAAUGGAGAAGAAGGAGAGGAAAGGAAUCAUGAUCAAGAAAUUCAUACGUUGUUGAAUUUGCUAGCAACAGUUCGAGAAGAUGAUAAUUUAUAUGAUGUUUUAGCUCUUGUCACGAGAUUAUUAUCAGAACAACCAGCUAUUAUGAUUCCGGCUAUCGAUAAGAAUAAAGCACUUGGAAUUAUAUUCAAUUUGUUAGCUGCGCCGAAUGAAUUGAUUCGAAUUCCAGCUCUCAAAAUUAUGGGAUUUUAUUUGAGCAGAAGUACUUUGAAGUGAGUUGAAAAGAGGAAUUUGUUUAUUUUUGUCUUCAGCCAUUCUAUUUUUCCAAUUUUUUGAAGUUAUCAAAAAUUUCCAAACUUUUAAAUUUUCGAUGAAAACUUGGAAACGAAUAGUUUUUCAAAAAAAAAAGUAUUUGCACAAUAUUUUGAAUUUAGAACAUGAUUUUUGUGACAUUUCAUUCUAGUGUUUUAAAAUUUUUCAAUUCAACACAUUAGUAAAAUUAGAAUUAUUUUAUCUGGCCUAAUUGUUUCCUGAAAAAUCCUAUAUAAGUCUAUCUAACCAUAUCUAUUUUCCAGACGAAAAUCUGAAUCAAUGGGACAACAGAAUCUAUUUUCAUUAAUCGGUGAUCGUCUUCUUUCUCAUACAAGAAAUAUUUCACUUUCCACGUACAAUGUUCUUUUCGAGAUUCUUGUUGAACAAAUGACUAAUAAUUUCACAUAUCCAUCACAUCAACCAGCUCAACCGGAAUGGAAGUUAGUUUUUUAUUUCAUUUUUUCUUUGAAUAUCAAUCCAACCAUUUUAAUUUAAGAUUUGAAAAUCCGCAAUUACUCAAAGUGAUUGCUCAUGUUAUAACUCAAUGUGAAGAAAAUGAGAAUAUUGUUAUGAUCAAGAAAUGUUUUUUGAUUGAUAUUAUUAAUAUGUGCCGGGAAAGUAAAGAUAAUCGACGAACAAUUUUGCAAAUGUCAGUUUGGCAAGAUUGGUUGAUUGGACUUGCUUAUGUUUUUCAUACAAAUGAAUCGCAAAAUGAAGUGUCUGAAUUGGUUUGGGAAGCAUUUUCGAUUUUAUUGCAUCAUGCUUUGAGACAUGAAUAUGGUGGAUGGAGAGUUUGGGUGGAUACAUUGGCAAUUGCUCAUUCUAAAGUGUCUUAUGAGAAAUUUAAGAAAAAAUUGGCGGAAGCAAAAAAGACGGGAGAAGAAGCUGAACCGACGCCGAUUUACCGAACACCUGAUUUUGUUUGGUCUGAUGUUCAUGUUCGGCUUUUGACUGAUUUAUUAAGUGGAAUUGAACGAGUUGUUGAAGAAUGGAAAUUGUGAGUUUUUUAGUAGAUCUUAUGGAUUUCGAAAAAGAUUUUCACUGAAAGUUGAUCUAGGAAACAAAUUUAAAUCUGCAGUUUCAGAAGUUUUUUUCUCAAAAUUUCUUCAGUCAUUGAAACAUUUUUUCGGACGUUAACAGUUUUUUUUGGAUUUUUUUUUUCAACAUUUCUAACUUAUAGUAAUGUCAAGGAGUCAAAAAGUGGUUUUUUUCGCCUUAAAACAAGUCCUGGAAAAUACGUUUCAAAAUUUUUAUAUUUGAAAUCUCGAGUGUAAAUUUUAGUUAAUUCAGGAAUGUUAGAAGGAAGGUUCACAAGAAAAUUAAUUUAAAAAAUUGAAGGCUGGAAAUUGAGAAAUCCAAAUUUUUUUUCAAAAGUUUCCCAAAUAUUUAUUUUUCCAGAGUUGAUAGUCAAACUGGAGAUCAAUGUAAUGCAACUGAAAAUCAAGUUUUCGUCGGAAAUGUUGUCCAUGUUAUUUCACAACUCGCUGAUAGUUUAAUAAUGGCAUGUGGCGGUCUUCUUCCACUUCUUGCAAGUGCAACUUCGCCAAAUUCUGAACUCGGAAUAGCCGAUGCUUGCCUUCAACAACUUCCAAUUCAUGUCGCUGCUUCUUUUCUUGUUCGAUUUGCUAAACUCGUUGAUAUGUUUGUUAUCAAUUCAGGAGUUUCAUUUUCUGAAUUGGAACAAGAGAAAAAUAUGCCAGCUGGAGGAGUUUUGAGACAAUCAUUGAGAAUAUCCGCAACUGUUGCAGUUCGACAUAUUUUGGCAGCAAGAACACAAAAUCCUGUUGUGAACACUCCGAAAUUUGAUCCUGAAGCGAACGCAAAAAAUAAGUGUAUUUUCGAUUUCGUAAGAGGAUCUUUAGAAAAUCGCGCACAAGAUGGAUUAGAAGAUCUUGAAAAACUUGUUCAGGAUUCAGAUGUAACAAGAAUUAAAGGAGUUGUUUAUCGAGAUAUGGUUGAAGAAAAUCGACAAGCACAAUUCCUUGCACUUUCUGUUAUUUAUUUGGUAUCAGUUUUAAUGGUGUCAAGAUAUCGGGAUAUAUUAGAACCACCAUCUUCACCGUCUCCAUUUUUCAAUUCAACAACUUCUUCUGAACAUGAUGAUAAAAAAUCAAUAUCAAGUUCGGAAGAUGGACAUGCUAUGAAUGGAAAUGGGCAUUCGAUUGUUGAAAAUGGAGAUAAACAAGAAAUUGGAAAGGAAAAUGGGAAAGAAGCUGAAGAAGAAGCGGAAGAAGUUAAUGGAAAUAUGAAAGAAAGUGAUAUUGCAGCAAUUAAAGUUGAAAAUGUUGAAAUUAAAAAAGAUGGAAAAAAUGAAUAUGAUGCUGCACAACUUUCGAAAUUAUCAGCACUACCGCCGGUCAAACAAACCACUGAAAGAAGAGAAUAUUUGACAACAAAAUUGCAAACUGCAUUGGAAUCCUGUGCUCCGCUUCUUCGAGAAAUGAUGAGUGAUUUUAGAGGAUAUCUUCAGAAAACACUUCUUGGAACACAUGGACAAGAAAUUAUGAAUGAUGGAAAAGUUUUGGAAACUUUGAGAAAUCGAAAUUCAUCAGUUAUUGAAUUGGUUAUGUUAUUAUGCUCACAAGAAUGGCAAACAUCGCUUCAAAAACAUGCUGGUUUAGCAUUUAUCGAAUUGGUUAAUGAAGGUAUGUUGGAAAUAAUUCAAAACCCCGGAUUUUUGAUCAUACCGCACCCAGAAAUCUGAAUUUUUCCGAAAAAAAACCACUCACCAAAAAAUGUAUAUCUUACAUUAGCUAGAGUUCGCCACUGCUGAAUUUCAAAAAUUUCUCGCUCAGGUUUAAGAUACUUAUAAUUUUAAUUAGUAUUUGUGAGAAAUUUCCUAUAUUUUUUCAAAAUUCAAACAUGUCAAUAGUUUUUAUCCCCAAAGUUUAUGAAAUUUUGCAUACAAAAUUUAAUUUCAGGUCGUUUGAUGGCUCACGCAACUCGUGACCACGUUCUUCGUGUUGCAAACGAAGCUGAUUUCAUUUUAAAUCGUCUCCGCGCUGAAGAUGUUAGUAAACAUGCAUAUUUCGAGAAUGAAACUCGUGAACAAUUAUCAGCUCGACAUGAAGAAUACAGUCGAUGUGAUCUUUUGAUUGUUUCUGGCCGUCUUCGUGAUUCUAUCAAUGCUGGAAGACUUCUCGAAAAAAUGUCAGCAAUUCUCAGCGAACCUGGAGAUUCUCAAUCAAUUGAUCAAUUCUGGAAACUUGAUGUUUGGGAAGAUGACAGUCGAAGGAGAAAGAGAUUUGUGCCAAAUCCAAUUGGAACAAAACAUGAAGAAGCGACUGCUGGGGAAAAAAUAGCUGAAGAGCCAAAAGAAUCACCGGAAGAAAAAUUGAGGAAAAUAUUGAAAGGAUUAUCAGCGUAUAAACCAUCGGGAGCAAAUGUGACAAAUGAAUUGGUUGAUGAAUCGGAUAUUGAAAAAUGGGCGAAUGAAGUUGAUCCAACACCUUCAAGUCGUAAGUUGGAUAGAUUUUGGGGGAUGGAGUGGGAAAUGGGUGUUGAAAUUUCAUCAUGUUCUCAAUUUUUGUGAUAAAUACACAUUUUUGAGAAACUUUAAAAAAGUGGAAUAUUUUGGUGAAAAUCUUAGAAAAUUCACACUUUUCUCUGUAAAAUCCACAUUUCCGAAACUUCUUUUUUCAGUUCAAAUUUUGUCUCUCAAUUUUCUCUAAUUUCAAUAGUUUUUCCCCGUUAUCAUUUUUCCAUCGACAAAACACACAUUUUUAUGAGCUAAUCUGUUCUGUUGAAAAGGAACACUGGUGUUUUUGGGCGAUCGUAAAUUUUCGCUCAACCCAAUAAACACACUCUUCUUCUCCAUUUUAAUGAUUUUUAUCUAUUUUCGAAAUAGUACGGUAGAAUCGGAUUUUGACCAACCACAAUGAAAUGAUUUUCAUUUCGUGAACGACAAAAAAGUGAAACAACGCGACAAAAAAUAGGGAGGCGUCAGUUGUUUGAGCAAUUCAUCAUUUUUUCUCGGCCCCAGAUUUUCUUUCAUUUUUGUGACUUUUUUCCGAACAUUUUUCUCUGUUUCGUUUAAUCCAGCCAGGAUUACGAACAAAAAAUGGAACGCGGGCAAAAAAGUCACCUGGCUCUCUCUCGUUUUUAAUAAUAAUUGGAGCACAUUAGUCAUUUUUGGACAAGAAAAGUAAAUAGAAAGUAAUUUAUGAACAAAAGAAUAUAAAUGGUUGGCUGGUAGGAAAAACGAGAGUGGUUUUUUGGCGCCAGAAAAUAGCAUACGGUAGUUUUUGAAAAAUUCGGUUGGAGAAAUUUGGAAUCCACGUUGAAUUUAAGCCUUAAAAAUCUAAGCCCAAACACACCCAUGUUUAUGCUCAAAAUGCUCGAAAUUUUAAACUAAAAUUGAGAGCUCUCAAAUCCACGUGGAUUUCUCAACAUUUUGAGCCCAAAUCUGAGAAUUUUCAGAGUCAAAAUGCUUGAGCUGGAAUUGAAAAUUUCAAAAUUCAAUUUUUAUUACCCGCUUGAUUUCACAACGUGUCAAAUUUAAUAAUGUUGAAUAUUUUUGACACACCCGUCACCCAACCAAUUAAUAGGGCCAAUUAGAACAUUUGUCGCCCCCCGAAAAUCUCAUAAUUGUAUUUUAUUCGAUUUUCCUCUCCCCCUUUUUUCCCAGUUGUCCAUAUUAAUUCAUCAUGUUUUUUUUUGCAGAAUCUGCUUGCUUUUCAACAUUUGCCAAACUCAUUGCUCCUGGAAUCGUUGUGCCUGGAACACUUUCAGUCACAGCCACUGAUUUGUUUUUCGAUGCCGAUGAAGAACAUCCAUUGUAUAAGAGACAAUCACAACAGGUAAAAAAUAAUUUAUGA